UAAUAAAGCAAAAUCACAAUAUAGUGGAACUAUGCUGAGAAAGGUUACAAAGAAGAAUGAAAGGUCAAGUAAAGAAUCAGACUCAGACAUGGAAGGAGAAAGAGAAAUAGAUUAUGCUUUAGAGGAUAUCUCCUUAAAUUAGGUCAAAGUGACUUUAUUAGAACCAAUAAUCAUUGAUAAGCAUUUUUUAGAGAAGGAUAUUGUAGCAGUGUUAGGAAACUUUGUUGUAGAAUUAACAGACUUCACAUUAUUCGAAUAUAAUUCUAGUUUACCAAUUGAAUAGGAUUGCAUUGUUAAUCAAAGUUUUAUUACAAAAUUAAGAGAAGAACUAGGAAGAAGAAUAAACAACAGAAAUUUUGGAAUAUUUUUAAAAUUUAAUGCUUCUAUCAAAAAUCAAAGUAAAUUAAAGAAAUAUCUUAAAAUCGGGAACGACAUUAUAAAAUUGGUAAAAGAAUUUAUUAAUAUACAAUCAUUUUCGUCUACGACUAAUCUAUUAGAUUAAUUUAUAAAAGAAUUAAAAAAUAUUAAAAAAAAAAUGGGAUAGUGA